AGAAAAGCAUUUUUAUGGAGGAGUCCGGGGAGCACACGGCUGAAGAUUUAGGGUCUGGCUCUUGGCAUUCUCCACGGGACACUGAGAAUGGGCCUCAUGUGUUGGGCCUCCUCUAAAUUCUGGUCCCCCCGACCGCCAUCCUCCCAGCAUCAGUGGGAUGUUCCAGGUGUGUCUCCCCUUGGCCUUGCUUAUGCUCUGCAGCUGCACUAAGGUUUCCUCAACUAACUCCUUGGAGCUUGUGAAAGAGAAGUGGAGCAGCUACAGGAACCAGUGCCUGGAAUAUCUCAACACCACGCCCCCUGCCACAGGGCUGGUGUGUAACAGGACCUUCGACCUGUACGCCUGCUGGCCUGAUGGAGUCCCAGGAACCACUGUCAAUGUCUCCUGCCCAUGGUUCCUGCCAUGGCACCGUAAAGUUCAGCAUGGUCUGGUGUACAGAGUCUGCAGAGAAGACGGUCAGUGGGCAAAGAAGAAUACUAGCGAAUGUGAGGACGACCCUGGUGAGCAGCAGUAUGGACGCAUCCUCAGUCAGUUACGGAUCAUGUACACAGUGGGCUACUCUCUCUCCCUGGGAGCUCUGCUACUGGCACUGGGAAUCCUCAUCACCUUCAGGAGGCUCCACUGUAUGAGGAACAACAUCCACAUGAACCUGUUUGCCUCCUUCAUCCUGAGAGCCGUGUCCAUCCUGGUGAAAGACGCCCUGCUCACCCUCACUCUGGACCCCAGGAGCAACAGCGACACGCGGACACAUGCUUGGGCUGUGAUGUGGUGUCGUGGUGCCAUGGUGAUGAUGCAGUACAGUGUGAUGGCCAACAACUAUUGGCUGCUGGUGGAGGGCAUAUACCUGCACAGCCUGCUGGUCAUCACAGUGUUCAGCGAGAGGAAGUACUUCUCUAUUUAUCUGGCCAUCGGCUGGGGUGCACCGCUCAUCUUCGUGCUGCCGUGGAUCACAAUGAAAUAUCUGUAUGAGAAUGAGGAGUGCUGGGAGAGAAAUAUUAACAUGGGAUAUUGGUGGAUCAUCCGCUCUCCUAUACUGUUUGCUUAUCUGAUCAACUUCUUCAUUUUCAUCCGCAUCAUAAAGAUCCUGAUGUCUAAACUCAGAGCUCAUCAGAUGAGAUACACCGACUACAAGUUCAGACUUGCAAAGUCCACUCUGACUCUCAUCCCCCUGCUGGGGAUUCACGCCAUCCUCUUCACCUUCGUCAUCGACGAGUCGGUUCCCAAAGGCUCCAUGCUGCGUCUCAUUCGUCUCUUCUGUGACCUCCUGUUCAACUCCUUCCAGGGCCUGCUGGUCGCCAUUCUCUACUGCUUUGUCAACAAAGAGGUGCAGUCUGAGAUGCUAAAAAAGUGGAAGAGGUGGAAGCUGGGUAAGGACAUUGACGAGGAGUACCGCCACACCCACAGCCACACACCCCACAUCAAGAGUGGCAGCAUCGCAGCCGGCAAUCUGCCCGAUGAACCCAGCGGCGACUCCCCCCGCCUCAACAAAACCAUCAGAGGACCAUCGUGCGCCGUCGCACCAGAGGAGAACCGCCGGCUGGUCGUCUCCUACAGUAACGGGACGGGGAAGGGCCGGUCCGCCAGGGGCAAACACUCCCUGCGGUUCUCUUUCCCACCACGCCGAGGCCUCUGCAGCCGCGGCAGCACCACCACAGAGGAUGUGUGUCUGGAAGAGAGGCCGCACUGCCACAUAUACCCUCUGAAAGGAGAGGAGACCAAUGUCUGAGGACAAAACCUCCUCCAAGCAGUCGUCAUAGAAACUCACACUGAUUGUGCUGAGGAGGAGAAUUAGGAAGUGACCCACGGGGAUCGGGAGGUUAUCUCUGCAUAAUGCUACAGGAAUUAAUGUUUUCACCUGCCCGCCUGCAAAUUCAUAUUUAUUGAUUUUAGGACCUUGAGCAAAAAAACAAUCAAAGACUUGAAACAUGAGGAAUGAUUCAGCUCUGUGAUGUUCCACUUUGUGUGUUUGUAUGAUGUCAUCUUGACUCUUUGACUCCCACCUUGUCCACAUCUUUCCAUUUGUGCUGUUGUUGCCAUUGUGAAUCAUGCUUGUGUUGUGUGACUUCUUGCAGCAACGCACGCUUGUUUGUGGUACAACCCCCCCCCCCCUUUUUGUCUUUUCUGGUUUUAUGAGCCCAAAUGUGGAUGAGAAUUUAAAUCCUGAUGCCUCAACACCGUUAUAAAGACAGGAGUGAGUAAAUCACUGGGGACCACUGACUCUGUUACACAGUUUUUGCCAUCGGCCUCAUCGGGGGUGGACGCUGUCAUCCUCAAGACUGUGCUCUGAUAUUUAGCUUAAAGCCUACAAGAAAAUAAUAAUAGUACAAUAUUGUGCAUUUCACGUCAAUUGAGCGAAGCGUUAAAUCCAUUCUUUCUUAUUUUGUUUCAGAGCUAUUCUUCUUUUUUAAACAGGAUCUCCUGUCUGAAUGUAUAUGAUCAAUGGAGAAAUAUGUGACAAUGAAACAAUUCAUUUAACUGUACAUAUGUAAGUAGAAACAUAAUUUCCGCAGCACCUGGAGUCAGUGAUUUAAAAAAAAUAUCGCCAUUGCACAGACUCGGAAAGUUGGAGCAUCAUCAUCGUCAUCGUCAUCGUCAUCGUCAUAAUCAUAAUCAUCAUCAUCAUCAUCAUCAUCAGAUGGCUCCAGUCCAAUCCCUAUACAGCUGCACAGUUAUCCAGGUAUUCAGUAUUGUUUAGAAAGAAUGGAGGCAAAGAAUUACACAGUAUGCAAUAUGCACAGAUGAGAGGAGUCCUUUUUAAAGUGAACGUGUUACAUUCACAACAUAAUGUGAAUAUUCUGGGUUGAAAAGAGCACCACAUUGCCAAUGGAGGAACAGUUUCUUUUUUGUAUUUCAUGACAUAAAAUGUGCCUCAUGGAGCCACUUUCAUUAUUUUGACUUCAGGAAACCAGAUAAAUUAAGUUUAAGGAAUUCAAGUUCAGUGAAGAAAUGGACUUGAUUGAAUUGUCAAUCGAUUUAAAAUCACAAUGGAGCUAAACAAGGAUUUUCACGCGUUCCUGAUGAAGUUCUAGAUCAAGGACAGAAAACAAAUAUUGUUUGAAGCUAAGUGUGCUGUAUAAUGUAAAUAUGAAUAAAAAGUCAAUAUUAUAAAGACAGAGGGGGAUGGGUGGAGGGAUGUGUAGUUCUGCGUUUUUGCUCGCAGUCCAGGUGACUCAACGUUGAAAAAAUACAUGACUAAUUACCUUGAGAAAAGACGAGAGGUUUUUUUUUUUGCAGAACCUGAUUGUGCCUCUCUCCUUUUAUUUAAACUGUUGUUAAAGUUGUCAAAAAGGAACACAAUGUCACAAGUGAACA